AUGCCCGCGAAGACUGAUGCAGGCUCGGCAAGCUCCGUGGCGAUACAGCCACCACAGGACGCAGAGUCUCCAACCAGACAGGUGCUUGUGCUCCCUUCCCUGGUUUGGUUCCUCUGUGAGUCCAGCUUCUCUGCCCUGGCGGUCGUCGACCACGCGCUCUGGAGUCAGCUGCAUUCACGCGGGUCCUUCCGCGGGCUCGUGUCUUCAAUCCCCGCUCUUCCGGGUGGUGCCCUUCCACGACGGCGGCUGUGGAAACGUCUUCUCCUCGGCGCGAUGGAACUUCACGGAGGAGGCUUGAAGUACGAGCAGCUUUGUGAACUACCGGGCCAGGCAGACGCUGAAAUCCAGCGAGAUGUCGGGCGAACGUUUCCAGAAAGGUUCGAUGAAGCUCUUCAGCAGGCGCUGUUUCGCGUGCUGCGGGCUGUGUCCCACCGUGUUGAAGACAUCGGUUACUGCCAGGGGAUGAACUUCAUCGCAGGGGUCAUGCUUUGCGUAUUCCGGUCCGGCGGAAACAGCGACACAGCCGCGGAGCCCAUUGCAUACCACUGCGUGUUGUCCAUGCUUCUACGGCACGGGAUGAACCAGUACUUUGGCGACGGCUUUCCAAAGCUGCGCCUGAGCGCACUUCAGUUCGACUGUCUGCUAGAG